GUCACACAUCAAUGCGUGAGAUGCUGUAGAAUCAAGGCAAGCACUAUCCAGCCCAUGAUGGGAAACCUUCCAGAGCAACGCUUGCACCUAGAGUUUCCGUUCUUGGAUUCAGGCGUCGACUAUGCUGGACCUGUCAUGAUAGCUGACCGUAAGGGACGAGGGUGUAGGCUCAUUAAAUGUUUCAUCAGUGUUUUUGUGUGUCUAGCUACCAGAGCCGUACACCUCGAACUAGUGUCGGACCUUACAAAAGAGGCUUUCCUAGCUGCCUUAAACCGGUUUAUUGCUCGCAGGGGGAAACCACGUAACAUCUUCUCCGACAACGGUACAACGUUUGUUGGGGCUUUCAAUGAGCUGGCUAACUUACUUUCACAGGACAUGAACCUAAACUUAUAAAAUUGAUCCAGGCAUUAACUUUUCAUUUAUACCUGCGUACACUCCUCACUUUGGCGGAUUAUGGGAGUCCGCAGUUAAAUCUACAAAACACCACCUUAGGAGAGUUCUAGGUUUAACUAAUUUAACCUUUGAAGAGAUGGCAACAUGUCUUAUUCAAGUGGAGGCCAUCCUGAACUCCAGGUCCUUAACUCCACUCUCCAACGACUCUUCAGACCUUACUCCAUUAACUCCAGCACAUUUCUUGAUUGGACGCUCACUCGUUAUGUUGCCUCAUCCACAGAUCGAGAACACCAACAUCUCCAAUCUGCAACGGUUUCGACGCGUCGAAUGUCUGAAGCAGCAUUUUUGGAAUCGUUUCUCUCAGGAAUACAUAGUGUGGCUGCAACAGAGAACGAAAUGGCAUCGGUCAUCGGGAGAGCUGAAGGAAGGAACACUCGUCGUCAUCAAAGACAAAAGCUUACCGCCUUUACUCUGGCUUCUAGGGCGCAUCACUCGGGUGCUUCUUGGCAGAGACGGCAUAGCAAGGGUCGCCGACAUCCAUACACGAAAGGGUGUCAUUCGGCGCGCCUUUAACACCAUCUGCCCUCUACCUGUCGCUGUUGAAGACUCUUCAACGGGGGGAGGAUGUUGAGUCACAUACUCAAUACCAUCGCGCCGGGUGGAGCCACCGGCGACUGCACGAGCGACGAGCGCCGGCUGCCCCGCGCGCCCUUCACAGCAGUCAGCUGUUGCACCGCUCCGAGCACGGCUGCGCUUACGCCUUUCUUAUUUUCCGUCGCGUUGAACAUUGUAACAGUCCUUUGUCUUAUUAUACCAUUUUAUACAGUC